CCCAGUGGGCAACCUUCCCUGAUGAGCUGACUGACGCAUACCAUGGGAAAUAAACCCACCAUGUCUCUCUCUGUCUUUUGUGAGAGUGAACAGAAUGUCCUGGAAAGCUGUUUGUGUUUGGUUCAAACUGCGUCUUUGUUGCAUCUUCAUGGGACCCAGAUGCAGAGUCCACCAGGAGGUUCAUGUCCUCAGGAGUGCCUUAAUGGAGCAGCCUGCACAGAGGCAGGUGAUUGUGACUGUCAGUUAUUUCAGGCUCAAGGAAACAGGUGCCAAAUUGUACCUAACACUGGUAAGGACCGAGAUGGGAUUUGCAAGUCGUGGGGACAGUACCAUUUUGAAACAUUUGAUGGCAUCUACUACUACUUCCCAGGAAAUUGCUCCUAUAUUUUUGCAAAAGAUUGCAGUACUCCAGAACCCCAGUACACUGUUUGGGUUCAUAACAGUCCCCACUGUUAUGGUUCUGUAUAUACUUGUCAGAGGUCCAUCAGCUUAUUUUUUUCAAACCAGGAAGAAAUAAUUAUUUCAGGCCAUGAAGUAAGAAAAAAUGGAAUCAGAUUAAUGUUGCCUCAGACAGUUGGAAAUGCUUUUCUCGAGAGACUGGCUGACUAUAUUCUGGUGAAGACUACCUUUGGUUUUUCUCUUGCUUGGGAUGGAAACUCUGGUAUUUAUAUUAAGCUGACAGAAGAUCAUAAGAGAAAACCUUGUGGCCUUUGUGGAAAUUUUAAUGGCAAUAAAUAUGAUGACCUGAUACUGCAAAAUAUAGGUGAUUAUACAGAAGACAUUGCUGAAUUUGCAAAUAGUUGGGCUGUGCAAUCCUCAGGUGAUGUAGCUUGUGUACCUACUGCCUCAGAUUUUUUCAGUCCUUGCUCAGCUAAUGGAGAAUCCACUGAGGACGUAUUCCUCAAAUGCCAAAUAUUCCUACAGUUUCCUUUUCUCAGCUGUCAUGAAAGUAUAGAUCCGUAUUCUUAUAUUGCAAGCUGUAUGAAUGAUCUUUGCAGAGUGGAUGAUGAUGAAACAUACUGCCGGGCAGUGACAGAGUACGCUAGAGCAUGCUCUCACGCUGGGUCCCCGGUGCGGGACUGGAGGGAUGACUUUCCUGCCUGUACUGAGAAGUGUGAAGACAGCUUUGUUCACCGUGACUGUAUCAGUUGUUGUCCACCAACCUGCACAUUUGAAAAAGAUUGUCUUGGCAGCAACUUGCACUGUUUAGAUGGCUGUUACUGUCCAGAUGGUCUCAUUAUGGAAAAUGGAACUUGUAUCUCUUUGUCGAAUUGUCCUUGUACUUAUCACGGAACUGCUUUCCCUGUAGGCUCAAAAAUUGAACAAGAAUGUAGCAACUGUAUUUGUGUUGGUGGCAUUUGGAACUGCACUGAUCAUGAUUGCCCAGCUGAGUGCUCCAUCACAGGUAGCUCUCAUUUCACAACAUUUGAUGGGCGUCAUUUUACCUUUCUUGGGAUUUGCCAGUACAUUUUGGUAAAAGGCAGUGGGAAAAGCAAAUUCACAAUCACUUUACAGAAAGCACCUUGUGGACAGAACUUUGACCACACCUGCAUUGAGUCUAUAACACUAGUUCUUGAAGAUGAUGUGAGGAAACAAGUAACUCUCACAAGAUAUGGUCAAGUCCAAACUGUCUCUAAUCAAGUUUUUAACCUCAAUGGGGCUAUUGAAAUUCAGAAUAUAUCCUCUUUCUUUGUUCAACUGAAAACUAGUUUUGGUUUGAAGAUAUUGUUUGCUAAAGAUGGAGAAAGGAUCUAUGUUCAAGUUGAUGUCAGAUGGAAAAGAAGAACAUUAGGACUAUGUGGAACAUACAAUGGGAAUUUAAGAGAUGAUUUUCUGUCUCCAGCAGGGAUGAUUGAAGGGACCCCACAACUUCAUGCCAAUGCAUGGAAAGUUUCCUCAGCUUGCUCCAUGCCUAUCAAUAUUCCUGUGGUUGAUCCCUGUAACGUUAAUCAGCAAAAUGCUGAGUAUGCAUCUCACUGUGAUAUCAUCAAUCAAGACGUUUUUGCUCCCUGCCAUGCCUACAUCAGUCCAGGGUUGUACUACCAGCUGUGCCGCUUUGACGCGUGCAAAUGUGGGAGCAGCUGUUUGUGUAAUGCUUUGGCUCACUAUGCUUACGUCUGUGGCAAGCAUGGGGUCAUCGUUGACUUCAGAUCUCAUAUUUCUUACUGUGCUGUAAUGUGUCACAGUGGUAUGCUUUAUCAUCAGUGCUCUUCUUUUUGUAAACACUCCUGUGCUUCACUUUCUAUGGCAAAUAUCUGUGGUGAUGACUGUGCAGAAGGAUGUAAUUGUCCUGAUGGGAAAUAUUUUGAAGAGUCGGUCAACUUUUGUGUAUCAAUAUCUGCCUGUCAUUGUCAUUACAAGGGCAAAGCCCUCCAGCCUGGAGAAAUCCUCUCUACGCCAACAGGCUCCUGUCAAUGUUUGAACGGAACAGUGAAAUGUAUUGAAGCCAGUACAGAAAACACAGUUCACAUAUGCCCAGAUGGAAAAAUCUACUAUGACUGCAGAUCUCCUGUGCCUGGAUUACCAGCAGCGGGUGUGAAUUGUGGGAUCUCUUGUGCAAACCUUGCCAUGAACUUCUCCUGUGUCCCCUCUCCACCCUGUGCAAGUGGCUGCAUUUGCCCCCCCGGGAUGGCUGAGCAUAGAGGGAAGUGUUAUAUUCCCGAUAGUUGUCCAUGCACCUGGAAAGACAGGGAAUUUCUGUCAGGAGAAGUGAUAGCUACACCAUGUUACACCUGUGUUUGUCGGAGAGGCAUAUUCAAUUGCACCAGUUACCCCUGUCCUGCUGUAUGCACUAUUUAUGGAGAUCGGCAUUAUUAUACCUUUGAUGGACUGGAAUAUGAUUAUGUCAGCGACUGCCAAACUUACCUGCUAAAGAGCACAGAUAACUCAAAUAUAUCUAUAAUUGCUCAAAACAAAAAGUGCUUUGACAAUGAUAUCGUUUGCUCAAAGAAUGUUUUCAUCACUGUUGGAGACACUGAGAUUUAUUUUAGUGAACCUUCUGAGAAGCAGAAGACCUUAAGGGGACAGGAAAACAAAUCUAAAUAUCAGCUUUGGAAGGCUGGAUAUUAUACCGUGAUACACUUUCCAGAACAGGACAUUACAAUUCUGUGGGAUAAGAAGACUAUGAUGCAUGUUAAAGUUGGACCUCAGUGGAAGGGUAAAUUGGCAGGUUUGUGUGGAAAUUUUGACAAAUAUACUUCAAAUGAUCUGACUACAUCAAACAACAUGGAGGUGAGAAAUGCACAGGUGUUUGGAGACAGCUGGGUAUUAGGACAGUGCAAGAGCCCAAAUGAAACGCUGAGACCAUGUGAUGUACAUCAGAGCAAGUUCCCUUAUGCCAAAAAGGAAUGCUCAGUUUUAUACAGUGAUGUUUUUGCACCUUGUCGCAAUGUGAUUGAUGUGACUUCUUUUAUCAAAAAUUGUCACACAGAUACAUGCAACUGCAAUCUUGGUGGAGACUGCGAGUGUUUGUGUACCAGUAUUGCAGCUUAUGCCCACAAGUGCUGCCAGCAGGGAGCAGCAAUCCACUGGCGAUCUCCUUUGCUCUGUGCUUAUGACUGUGAAUAUUACAAUCAAGGUCUUGGUGAAGGACCCUAUAUUUUGGCAAGUUUUGGAGCAAAUGACACAAUUAUCGGGGCUAAUGUAUCCAGUAGAAGGAUAUUUCCUCUGCCUAGAACCGGAGCAUAUGGAAAUGUAAUUUUCGGUUUCAUGAUAACUCCAGGUCUUUUCAAAGAUGAAGAUUUAUCUCUCUCUCUUGUUUCCCUGGAAUCUGCUGAAAGACCAAACUACUUUCUGUACGUACAUGACAAUGAAACCAUUGGGCUGGAACAGUGGCAGGCAAGUGCCUCCUUUCAGAGACGAGCCACCUUCUUCCACCACCGUGGUCUCUGGAGUCCAGGGCUCAGUGCCUUUGAACUGCACAGUAAAAAAGGCUUUUUCAUCAUUCUCACCUCAUCCAGUGUUAAAGUGGCAAAGUACAAUGAUUCAGAAGAAUUCAAACGUUUCAGUAGCUUUAGCAUUGAAGAACUUAGUGCUUCUGUGCCUUAUAGAAGGAUCUGUGAAUGGCGAUAUGAGUCUUGUGCCAAUCCUUGUUUUAAGACAUGUAGCGAUCCUGAAGGAAUAGCGUGUAGAUUCCUUCCUCCGGUUGAAGGAUGCAUGCCAUACUGUCCCAAAAACAUGAUCCUCGAUGAGGUCACACAUAGAUGUGUUUAUCCAGAAGACUGCAUACCUGUGACACCUACAGGAUCAGAAAUUGGAACAAAACCUUCAUGGUUAAUCUCUCACACAGAUGCUACCAUGGAGGGAUUUCCUCAGACACCUCCUUUAUUUGUUACUUUGGUGAAUGAACCAACUCAUAUCGGUGUGACAGACAAAAUAACCGUGGAGGCAAAGACAACUUUAAGGGGAAUGAAUAUGUCAGCACAGUCCAUUACAGACUUUUACUCAUUGGAAUCAUCUAAUGCAGCCACCUAUUCAACAUUUUCAUUACCAAGUACAGUGAACCCUUCUGAUGUACUUCACAGCACAGCCAGCUCUACUGUCCCUUCCAAACUCAUCUCUUCAACAUAUUUUCCAACUCUUCUUCAAGCAUCAGCAGUCAUAUCACAUGCUGUCAUAGAUAGCACUUCAUCACUAACACAAAAUAUAACUGCUACUGGAGAAUCAGUUUCAUCUCUAGAUACACAAGGAAUGUCAAAAAUUCUAGUUACAGACGUUCUGACUUGUGUGGAUUUUUCUAAAUUCACUUUAAAUAUAAGCCCUUCUACCAACCUUUCAGCAGCACUAAAAUCAUCCAUUUUAAAGCCCUCUUUACUAAUGCCUAAAAUUUCUGAAGCCAUUUUAGAAAGCCAGCCCUCUAUGCCUUCACCUCCUCCUAAGACCACUCAUAUCUCUAAUGUUUCUCUAGGAAAGCAGAGUUCUUCGGUAAGUUCUUCGGAAGAAGAUGGAAAAAUAUCAGCCAUAUCAGCUGGAAUCAUCACUCAAUCCACUACACCAAUGAUCACGAACACAACAGUGAAUGCCACAUCCUCAAAAGUACCUUAUAUUUUUGCAAAAAUACCACCUAGCUCUUCAGCCAGUUUAUUAGUUACUUCAGGCACUACUCUAGCCUCUAGGAUUACUACAAAAACCACUGAUCCUUUUGUUGCUGACUUGGAUUUUUAUACGACUUCAGCUUCAGUUCUUACCACCACAGAAACACACAGAUCUUUGUUUACAACUGCAGUAACUCAAGCUUCCCAGAGCACUAAAGAAACUCCAAAAAUUAUUGUAAUGAAAACAACUGGUACUACAAGUCCAUUAUCACAGAUGAAGAGUACCUCAUAUACAGUUUCAGAAGUUAAAUACUCAACCUCAUAUGAGAGAACUGUGGAAAUUUCACAAAGUGGUCAGACUUCAUAUGAGCAAAGAAAUUUUACCAAGAUAAAGGCAACCACAACUGACAGAUCUUCCCUGCCUUAUUUGCCAUUAACUGCAGUCCAGAGUUCGCUUUUUUCAAGAAAUACAACCUCAGUAAAAAAUAUGUCUCUUUCUGGAGUCUCAGGUCUAACAACAUCAGAUAGGUCCAAAAUCCCAACACAGAAACCGAUUAAACAUUAUUUUAGUUUAGCAGAGGCCACAGAGAGAACUAAAAUAGGUUUAUCUCAUUCUAGUGGUGGAAUGGCUCUACCUUCCUCUUCAGAAACAACAGGUGUAGCUGACAAGGCUUACUUUGGUACGAUGAUGCAUACACUGAUGUCUACAUCAUCUGAGUGUGUGCCAAGAUACCUUGAAUCUGUUGACAAAUGUAGCCAGUAUGUAUGUGUUAAUAUGGGUUGGAUGUUAUACAAUCUUUCAAGGAACUGCCCUAAGGAUGUGCAGAAGCCAGAUUGUGGUUUUCGAGGAAUGCCUGUUCAAGUUAACACUGAUAGUUGUUGUCCAGAAUGGGAAUGUCCCUGUCAAUGUUCUGUACUGUCUGAACUGAGUAUUAUUACAUUUGAUGGAAACAACAUAGCCCUCUGCAAUAUGGCUUCCUAUAUUUUAGUCAAGUUACCAGGAGAAAUUAUUGUUGCUCAUAUUGAAAAAUGUCCUGCUAAUCAGAGCGCAAAUUCAAUAAGAAAACUAGUUCCACCUGCGAGCACUUCAGGGCUCUGUUUUAAGAAAUUAAAUGUCACAACACCCACAUGUAAAAUACUUAUCAAUCGCUUAGCAAGAAAAGUAGUAGUGGAUUCUGUAAUUCAACCAUUACCAUUUUCAAAAGAAGGACUGAGUAUUCAGGAUACUGGUGCAAUGUAUGUCGUUAAUACCCCAGCUGGUAUUAGCAUCAAGUGGGCUCAUGUUACAGGCAUCAUAGAUAUACAGUAUGGAUUACACUCUAACACAUCGAUGAAGACAGAAGGACUUUGUGGGGUGUGUAAUGGAGAUCCUAGUGAUGACCUGAAAAUGCAAAACAUGAGCAUAAUUACAAAUAUGGAGGAAAUUGAAAUGUUCAUUAAAAGUUGGGAAAUUGAGAAAUCACUUGAUGUAACAACCAGGAGGCCAGUAAGAAACUGUACUGAAGAUAACUGCACAUACUGUAUGGAACUGUUAAACAGAAGCAUUUUCAUCCCUUGUCACAAGAAAGUGUCACCACAGGAAUUUUGUGAGAAGAUGUGGAUCAACAGUACUUAUUUUUGGAAUUAUGAGUGUGAUGCACUUUCUGCAUAUGUGGCUUUGUGCAACAAGCACAACAUCUGCAUUAAAUGGAGGACAGCUGAUUACUGUUCAUUGAGUUGUCCUGAGGGCAAGGAAUACCAGCCUUGUGUGCAACCCUGUGAAGCCAAGACAUGCUUAAAUAAAUGGUUCUAUGAAGAUUCUCCCUGCUCCUAUUUGAGGGAAGACUGUGUUUGUAAAAAUGGCACCAUUCUGCAUAGAACAGACUCUGACCUUUGUAUACCAGAAGAAAAAUGUGCAUGUACAGAUAGUAAAGGACAACCCCGUUCUGCUGGGGAGAACUGGAAUGGGUCCAUGAGAGGCUGUUGCAUGUAUGGAUGUUUAGAAAAUGGAAGCAUUGUUGCUGUAGAACCUGAAUGCAGUGAGGAUCCACCACCAGUCUGUGAAAGAGAAGGAGAAGUUAUUGUCAGUGUCAUUGAAGAGAGAGCUUGCUGUCCCAAGAAAGUUUGUGAAUGUAACAUAUCAUUGUGUGAUGCCAUUAUUCCAACAUGCAAACCCACUGAAAAAUUAGUGGUAGGCUACCAUCCCCUGUCCUGCUGUCCACAGUACCGAUGUGAAUGUGAUCCUUCAGUUUGUUUCAAUGCUUCCCAGCUGGACUGCAGAGAAGAUCAAUUUAUUGUUGAAGCAAAACAGGACGAUCCCUGUUGUUUCUCACAUCUCUGUGUUUGUGAAUCCUGUAUUGAGCCUGUUCCUUUGUGUGAUGAAGGGGAAAUUCUCACUGUAGACCUUAAUACCAUACAUUACUGUUGUCCUCAUUACUACUGCGUUUGUGAUGAAAAUCUUUGUUCUGAGCCUCCUAUGAUUUGCACAGAUGACAUGACACCUGUGAAGAAAAAAAUACUUGGGCAAUGUUGUCCAGAAUGGCACUGUGAAUGUAAUUGUGAAAAUGCUACUAUGCUGACCUGUAAAUUGGGAGAAGUUAAAAAAAUAGAUAAUAGCGUUUCCAGUGCUUGCGGAUGCACUCACUACAUUUGCGAGAAGGAUGAUGUGUGCAUCUUCCAAGAGGUCACAGUACUGAAUCCUGGACAGUCAAUAAUUCAGUACUUGGAUGGAGACCUUUGUUACACUGUACAAUGUUUACAAGAAAAAGAUCAGAACACAGGAUACAAUGCCAUGCAUUUCACAAUGAUGAACUGUUCCCAGCAAUGUGAAGCUCAUCAAAUAUAUAUUCCUUCCUUCAGUCACCAUACUUGCUGUGGCAUGUGUCAAAAUGUGUCCUGCUCUUUUCAUACAGAGAACGGAACACUCAUUGUGUAUGAGGAAGGAAGCACCUGGAGCUCCAACUGCACCAACUACAAAUGUGCUAAGACUGCUGCAGGGGCCAUCAUACUGGGGUCAAGUGUUGUCUGCCCCCCGUUUAAUGACACUGAUUGUACAAAGAAUGGAGGAAUUGUGCAGACGUAUAAUGAUGGCUGCUGCAAGACCUGCAAAAAGGAAGAAAGAAUUUGCCAAAAAAUGACAAUCAGGACAACCAUAAGAAAAAAUGACUGUAUAAGUCAAAGCCCGAUAAACGUGGCCUCUUGUGAUGGAAAAUGCCCAUCUGCAACAAUUUUCAAUGUCAAUAUUGAUAGCCAUUUAAGAUUCUGUAAAUGUUGCCGAGAAAUUGGAACACGUAAUCUGACUGUGCCACUGCGCUGCUCAGGAAAUGGCACUGAAAUUAUGUACGUCCUUCAGGAGCCUAUAGACUGCUCAUGCCAAUGGAACUGAACAUUACUGUGGAUACAAUUUAAUCUGAAUAAAUAAAAUGAGUUUCCUUUCACCAGACAUGAUUUUUUGACCGUGGAUGGUUGCAGUAGUCUGCAGGGAUAUAAAAAAGUCCUCAGUUAUGCUUUAUAAUGUAACUUUUCACAAAUUUAGUAAAGACGUUGUUUGUUAUUCUUCAAAUUGUCUUUUAAAAUAUUGGCAUGUAUAGAAAGAAAACAUAAAUCCUUUUGGACAAGGUGUAAUCAUCAUUUAUUUCUACUCAGUGGCUUUCUGAUGAGCUGUUGAAAGCUGGUUAAUGUCUGUGUUUCUAGUAUUUUAAAAUUUUGGAUUGAGGUUACCCAUCAAAGUUGAGAAUUUCUCAAUGGUUCGUUUGCUUUGAGAACUCCAGUGGAAAACUAUCACUGGUCCCAUGUUUAAAUGGGAAAGAAGCAUAUUAGCAUUUUGAGAAUGACUGAAUUAUUUAUUUACAAAAUCGAAAGUUCAACUGCAACACUUUUUUUCUUGUUUAAAAAUCUAUCUUUUGUCCAUUAAGCUGUUAUCAAUGAUUCUACUCUGCUUACACUGUAAGUCACUGAGAAAUAACACAACUAUGAUCUGUAAGUACUUGUAGGAAAUCUUCAGAGUACACAGCAGCAUCAUAAUAAUAUCUUUAAACCUUAGACAUAUAUUUAAUUUUUAUGUAUAUUAUAAAUAUGAAACAUGACUAGGCAAAGGCUCAAGAUUUCAAGCUUUUGUGCCUUUAUGAAAAUAUCUAAAAGCUGUUUCUGCUAUGAAAAAUUCUAUUUUAUAUCCAUUUUUCACUUUUCACAGAAAAGAAAUUGGCUGUCUGCUAGCUAUAGAGUAAGAUUCUAUGUAUAUAUUUAUUAAAAAUACCAGAACAUUUUAACUAUUCAUAAUGGGUUUCUUCCUUCAUUUUCCAGUCUGAAGAUUUGUAUUCAGUAUAUUUU